AUGCCCAUCACUGCAGGAUGAAUAGUGCCCAGACACCAUCACACUUCUGCAUUUCCUAUGGCUGGCACAGCACAGGGUACCUGGCCGGAGAUCCCGGGGAUUGGUGGUGCCGCCGGCGUACAGCGCUCUGCAUCUUGAUGUUGUGCGGCUCCAGUGUGAUCAGCUACGGACCUGGCGGAGAUAAACUACCCUAGCGCAGCAGCCAAUCAGCGUGGACUAGGGGCGGUGCCAGAAAUGGGGAGGGGGCGACAACCAGAACUGUAGCCAUGUGACUCGUGGCUCUGGUUGCCAUGGUUACCUAGCGGACCGUGUCAGUGUCUCUGGUGCAACAGGUAAUACUGGAAUUGACAACAUGGCGCCCGGGGCAAAUAUGGCGGCAAAAGUGACCGGCUGGUGUGCCCCCGUCCUGGCCGCCCCGCGUCCCGUGAACACACCCCCUUCCCACUCUCAGGUUUCAAUGUUGGUUACCCGGAACUCCAGUGACGUCGGAGUGUGUUUUCUGCAGGACGGACCGGAAGUGAGCACUUGCGGACUUCCUGUUGGCCCCGGGAUGGCCCUGGAGGGGCUGUCAGUGUAUGUGUAUAAGGCGGCGGCUGAGGGGCGGGUGCUGACUCUGGCUGCGCUUCUGCUCCACCGAACCGAAUCCGAGGUCCGGACCCUGCUCAGUUCGGUCACCCAGCAUGGCGGGCAGCGCUCGACCCCUCUCAUCAUCGCGGCUCGCAACGGGCACAGCAAGGUGGUGCGCCUCCUGCUCGAGCAUUACCGAGUGGACACCCAGCAGACGGGCACCGUGCGCUUUGAUGGAUAUGUCAUUGAUGGAGCUACUGCCCUUUGGUGUGCAGCUGGUGCCGGUCACUAUGACGUGGUGAAGCUGCUGGUCAGUCACGGAGCCAAUGUUAAUCAUACGACUGUGACCAACUCCACUCCACUAAGGGCUGCAUGCUUUGAUGGGAGACUUGACAUUGUCCGGUUCCUUGUGGAGAAUAACGCAAACAUUGGUAUUGCCAACAAGUAUGACAACACGUGCCUAAUGAUCGCUGCCUACAAGGGCCACACUGAUGUAGUCCGUUACCUCCUGGAGCAGCAUGCUGAUCCAAACGCCAGGGCUCAUUGUGGAGCUACAGCUUUACACUUUGCAGCUGAAGCUGGACACUUAGAUAUUGUGCGGGAACUGGUUAAAUGGAAAGCGGCAAUGGUAAUAAAUGGUCACGGGAUGACGCCAUUAAAAGUAGCUGCUGAGAGUUGUAAAGCGGAGGUGGUGGAACUGCUUCUUGCACACUCUGACGUUGAUAUCCAAAGUCGGGUAGAGGCACUAGAGUUGUUAGGUGCGUCCUUUGCCAAUGAUCGGGAAAAUUACAAUAUUACCAAAACUUAUCAAUACUUGUACCUAGCAAUGCUGGAACGUUUCCGUGAUCCUAACAACAUUCUUCAUAAGGAAAUUCUACCCCCAAUUGGAGCCUAUGGUAUGAGAACUGAAUGUCGCACUCCCCGUGAGCUAGAUGCUAUUCGCCAUGAUACAGAUGCAUUGCAUAUGGAGGGAUUGAUUGUGCGGGAAAGGAUUCUUGGAUCUGAUAAUAUUGACGUGUCACAUCCAAUAAUAUACAGAGGUGCUGUGUAUGCAGAUAACAUGGAGUUUGAGCAGUGCAUUAAGCUUUGGUUACAUGCCUUGCAGCUGCGUCAGAAGGGAAACCGAAACACACACAAGGACCUGUUGAGGUUUGCUCAGGUAUUCUCUCAAAUGAUUCACCUGAAUGAGCCAGUUAAGGCACACGACGUGGAGAAUGUGUUGCGAUGUAGUGUCCUGGAGAUAGAACGGGGUAUGACUAGAGUUCAGAAUCCACAGGAGCCUGAUGCUCAUUCUGCACUGGAAAACCAUGAAUGCAAUCUUUACACAUUUCUCUACCUCGUCUGCAUCUCCACCAAGACGCAGUGCUCAGAAGAGGAGCAGUCUUGCAUCAACAAGCAGAUUUAUCGUUUGGUGCACCUAGACCCUCGCACACGGGAGGGGUGCCGCCUCUUACACUUAGCAGUCGACUCUAGCACUCCAGUUGAUGACUUCCACACGAAUGAUGUUUGCAGCUUUCCCAGUGCCCCUGUAGCCAAAUUGUUGAUAGACUGUGGGGCAAAUGUGAACUCUACAGACAAUGUCGGUAAUACCCCACUUCAUCUGAUUGUCCAAUACAACCGUCCCAUUAGCGAUUUUCUCACAUUGCACUCCAUUAUUAUCAGCUUGGUGGAGGCUGGUGCUCAUACAGAUAUGACCAACAAAGAGAAGAAGACACCGCUGGACCGGAGCACUACAGGCGUGUCUGAGAUCCUUCUGAAGACACAGAUGAAGCUGAGCCUUAAGUGCCUAGCUGCCCGGGCUGUCCGUCUUCACAACAUUAAGUACCAGAACCAGAUCCCCCGAACCCUUGAGGAGUUUGUAGAAUUUCACUAAAUGCCUGCAUACCUAAUGUGCAUGUCAGUAUCUUCAGGGCAGGGUGUACAUUGUUACUGAAUUUCCAUUUGCCUAUUCUGACAGUACAAGGGGCUUAUCCAAUGCCCAGUCCCUUAUUUCACGUGUGUUGGUCUUCCAGCUUUGUACAGAACUGUAACUUAAAAACCAGGAACAGACAUGCCAUAUGGCAGGGUACCCCUCACUCAUAAAUAGAUGUAAGUGGGGCCCGAGUCAAGGUGCUGAUUUAAGAGUGGAGAUCCUGUCGGGACAGGACAUCUCAUCGGGGGCCCUGACCCCACUGUCUUUUUAAUUCCAUGUAAUGAAGCUUUGCACAAUUUUACGUACAAUGAAGAGUAGUUUGGACAUUUUCCUGAAGCAAGCAGCAGUUUUUUUAUUUUUUGCUUUAACAGAUGUUAAUGCCUUAUGGGUAGUAAAAUGGAACUCCUUGGGUCUUCACAUCUUUUGUGGCAGAUUAUGUGAGGCUUUUGAGAAUUGUAAUGUCAUUGAAUGUGUGCCAUUUACCAAUACUGGAUGUGUUCCAGUUUAGCCAUAAGUUGAAUCUAUUUCUGCUGGCUUUUUAUAUGGUCAUUGUCUGGAUUCUCAAAUAAAAUCUCAGGCUGGCUCCUAAA